AUCGGGGUAUGGAUCGCAUUUUAAUGCAAACAAUUAUUAGAUACAGAUACCCGAUUACCAGACGCUUUCGCUUAAUUUAAACACAACAAACAUGGGGAAGAAGCAUAAAAAGCACAAGCCGGAGUGGAGAACAGUUGAUGACUGUGAGGACAAGCCUUUUGAGAAGCAGCUGAAGCUGGUGCUCAAAGUGGGAGGAAGUGAGAUCACAGAACUCUCAGGCUCCGGCCAUGACUCCAGUUACUACGACGACAGGUCAGACCAUGAACGAGAGCGCCACAAGGACAAAAAGAAGAAGAAGAAGAAAAAGUCUGAGAAGGAGAAAGACAAACACGUAGAUGAUGAGGAGAGGAGAAGACGGAAGGAAGAGAAGAGAAAGAAGAGAGAGCGGGAGCAGAAUGAAUCAGAGGCUGCUACUGCCUCUGCCAGUGGUGUGGGCCUGCCCACUGUUGUGCCCAGUCACACUGGUGUGGCAGUCGAGCCUUUCAUGCUGCCAAAGAUACCAAACAUUGGUAUUAGUUUUGAGCAGCAGGAGGAGAAGAAGAGGAAGAGGGAGAGGUCUGAGAUGGAGCCAGAGGUGAUGGACCAGUUUCACCCCAACAUCAAGGUAGAGGUGGAGCAACCAGGAGACCGGCCUGUCAGGGCUUGCAGGACAGCCCCGGAGAGUGAGUGCACCCCUCGACAGCAGCUCCUGGAACACUUCCUGCGCCAGCUUCAGAGGAAGGAUGCCCAUGGGUUCUUCACUUUCCCAGUGACAGACGCCAUCGCUCCAGGUUACUCUGUGAUAAUCAAACACCCCAUGGAUUUCAGCACCAUGAACGACAAGAUCACAGACAACGAGUACAAAACCGUCACGGAGUUCAAGGCGGACUUCAAGCUGAUGUGUGAUAAUGCCAUGGUGUACAACCGCCCGGAGACCGUUUACUACAAGGCUGCCAAGAAACUGCUGCACACUGGCUUCAAGAUGAUGAGCAAAGAGCGGCUGUUAGCACUGAAGCGCAGCAUGUCUUUCAUGCAGGACAUGGAUUUCUCUCAGCAGGCGGCCAUUUUAGGGGAUGAGGACUUGGCGUCUGAGGAGCCCCCUCCGGAGGUCAUCUCCAUGCCCGUGGAGUCGGCGUCGGCCAAGAAAUCCAAGAAACCCAAAGACAUCAAAGAUAUGAAGGAAGUCAUCAGUUACCUGUAUGAGCCAGAGGGGAACGCCUGCAGCCUGACUGACAGCACAGCGGAGGAACACGUUCUGGCCCUGGUGGAGCACGCUGCAGAUGAAGCACACGACCGCAUCAACCGAUACAUGCCCAACUCCAAGGUAUAUAUACUCAUUCCAGGAUGUUACCUGAGGAAAGAGCCUGAUGGUAAUCUGUUAUACACUGUAGUUCAGCUGAAUCCAGAAGCAAAAGAGGAGGAGACCCACCCUGUGGACCUGAGCUCUCUGUCCAAUAAGCUCCUUCCUGGAUUAACAACACUGGGUUUCAAAGAUGACAGGAGACACAAGGUGACGUUCCUGAGCAGUACCUACAACACCCAGACCCUGCAGAACAACUCCAUCUACCCAGACCUGCUGCCUGAUGAGAUGGACCUGCUCUACUCAGCCUACGGGGAUGAGACUGGGGUGCAGUGUGCUCUCAGUAUUCAGGAGUUUGUUAAAGGUUGUGGGAACGUUACUAAGCGUUUGGUUGACGGGUUGCUGGAUAAGAUGACUGCAGGGGACCACUCUAAGGCUGUCUACCAGAUCAGACAGAAAAGAAACAUGGCGUUACCAGACGAAACCAAGAGCAACAUUUACGAUAUGCAGAUGGCUGAUGGGACAGGUCUGGGAGAGGGCAGCUCAGUGCUGGACUUCAUGUCCAUGAAGAGCUACUCUGACAUGUCUCUGGAGAUGUCCAUGCUCAACUCUUUAGGGAAGUCAGUGAAGAAGGAGCCGGGGCAUGAAGACGGGGUCAGUCAGCAGCACUUUGAGGAGGCAGCCAAGCUGCUGCAGGAGUUCCAGGAGGGCCAGGUGGAGAGGGGAGGCUCCAGACCCUCCUCUAACCUCUCCUCCCUGUCAGGGACCUCCGACAGGGACCAGCACCACCUGGGGAGUCCCUCACACCUGGGUGUUGGUGACCAGUCUGAGAUGGUUCAUGACCCCUAUGAGUUCCUCCAGUCUCCAGAGCCAGGCUCCACAUCCAACAGCUGACCUAUGAGUUCCUCCAGUCUCCACAUCCAACAGCUGACCUAUGAGUUCCUCCAGUCCCCAGAGCCAGGCUCCACAUCCAACAGCAGACCUAUGAGUUCCUCCAGUCUCCAGAGCCAGGCUCCACAUCCAACAGCUGACCUAUGAGUUCCUCCAGUCUCCAGAGCCAGGCUCCACAUCCAACAGCUGACCUAUGAGUUCCUCCAGUCUCCAGAGCCAGGCUCCACAUCCAACAGCUGACCUAUGAGUUCCUCCAGUCUCCAGAGCCAGGCUCCACAUCCAACAGCUGACCUAUGAGUUCCUCCAGUCUCCAGAGCCAGGCUCCACAUCCAACAGCUGACCUAUGAGUUCCUCCAGUCUCCAGAGCCAGGCUCCACAUCCAACAGCUGACCUAUGAGUUCCUCCAGUCUCCAGAGCCAGGCUCCACAUCCAACAGCUGACCUAUGAGUUCCUCCAGUCUCCAGAGCCAGGCUCCAUAUCCAACAGCUGACCUAUGAGUUCCUCCAGUCUCCAGAGCCAGGCUCCACAUCCAACAGCUGACCUAUGAGUUCCUCCAGUCUCCAGAGCCAGGCUCCACAUCCAACAGCUAACCUAUGAGUUCCUCCAGUCUCCAGAGCCAGGCUCCACAUCCAACAGCUGACCUAUGAGUUCCUCCAGUCUCCAGAGCCAGGCUCCACAUCCAACAGCUGACCUAUGAGUUCCUCCAGUCUCCACAUCCAACAGCUGACCUAUGAGUUCCUCCAGUCUCCACAUCCAACAGCUGACCUAUGAGUUCCUCCAGUCUCCAGAGCCAGGCUCCACAUCCAACAGCUGACCUAUGAGUUCCUCCAGUCUCCAGAGCCAGGCUCCACAUCCAACAGCUGACCUAUGAGUUCCUCCAGUCUCCAGAGCCAGGCUCCACAUCCAACAGCUAACCCACACACUGGCAAGUUACCUCUAACUGGGGUAGCUCUGGUCACAAUACCAGUAUCACUAUAUUAUGAUACUCAACUUUCCAAGGCAAAAAAGGAAACAAAACUGUUUUAACUCUUUAAAAACAUGCUUUAUCUAAAAUAUUGUUUUCUGUAGCUUGAAAAACAAACAAAUGUGUCUCUGGUGUAUCCAACAUUCAGACUUCUGAGUAUUGCGAUACUGUUAUUGAGAAACUACUAGGGAGAUGGUAGAAGAUGCCUCUAACUACUGGUCUGGGGUCAGACAUUGUUUGAUGGGUAAUCUGAUCCUAGAUCUGUGGCUUAGAGGAAACUUCUACUCAGAGCUGAACUGACGUCCUGUAUUUAACCACACUGGUUGUUUUGUUGUCUGACUCUGUGCUCUCAACACACCGGGGACAACGAGAGAGAACCUCAGACAUGUUGUGGAAGGUCAUCAUGAUUGUACAGAUUAUUUGUAUGUGUGCUAUACUUAAGAGAAUAAAGUCGCCACAGGUUGUGUUUUUACACAGUA